CGUGGGCCUAUCCAUCUGCCUCGACUGAUGAUUCAUUCUCCACGACUCAAUGCCGCUGUCUGUAUUUGGCAGAGCCAAUGGCGUCUUCUCUGCGAGUGGCCCAGACUUGAAACUCCCACAACAUGGAAGAUUCCGAUGAUCUCAAUGCGCAAAGCCUGCCAACCCCAUCUCCCCAACGAUAAUUUCGACCGUUUGCGUGUGAUCACUGUACGAGACAAAAGCAACGCUGUGACCGGCUGCUACCGGUAUGCUCAGCUUGUCACAAAGCUAGACGUACAUGUGGCAUUACCCAGAAGGAAAAGGACGUUGUCCAAGUAGUAGGAAGUCGAGAUGCCCUACCAAAAGGUUACGUCCGUACCCUCGAGGACCGACUCGCGGACCUCCAAGCACAAACGCAGACCGACGCUUGGGGCGCUGCUAUACAGAGAAGAGUUGACGCCAACGCCGCACGGUGCCAGAGCCGCGACCGACCCAUCGAUCCCCGUGGCCAACAGCCUCGGUGAGGGGCUGGGUGCUCGACAGCCACAGGUCGAUCUCAACAUGCACUUCUUGUCGCUCAGCGCCAUGACCAAGAGGGCGGGCGGGAGAGUUUCUCCGUUCCCCGGAAUCCCCGUGGGUAAGGUGCAGCACGGCAUGGACGCCAUAACGUCCGAGGGGGAACACCACUACCGCUCGACGUUGUCCACGGAUCCCGCACAUGUGUUCAUGGCCUACAUGGUCAUCGCGAUAGUCCCCAUGGUCUCCGACACGUAUCCAGUGUCCCAGGGGAUGUUCAUCUCAACCCACAUCCUCGCAGAGUCGCUGAAGGUCCUGGAAAAGGUGUUUCAGAAGGAGGACGGUGUCGAUGUCAUUCACUGUCUCCACCUGCUCGUCAUUUUCUCCAUCCACAGCUCCACGGCCGGUUCGUCCUGGCAUCUCAUCAGGGAUUGCGAUGAAGAAGAGCAUCGCGAUGGGAGACCACAGGGACAGCGUCGGGGAGGUGGACCGGACCGAGGCCGAUGCACGGAGAUGGGCAUUCUGGAGCUGCUACUUCCUCGACCGCUUGAUCUCGACCGCGUUAGGUCGACCUUACUCGGUCAGCGACAAAUACAUCAGAGUCGCUCCGCCGUCUGCAGGAGACGCCGUCGGUCGCCCGGCACUGUCGAGCCAAAUGUCCAUCCACUUGUUCCGUUACGCAAAAUUGAUGUCUCAGAUUGUGAAUGACCAAGGCGAGGAGCCUUUCACGAAUCAUCUCGGCCGCUUACUACACUGGAGAGCUUGCACCCCUCCAGAGGCGCCGCUUUCCACGCAAUGCGCAUUCGAGUACCAAACGUCUCUGUACAACACCCUGUACCUUCGGGUCGCCAUCGACCAGAUCGUCAGUCGCCAAACGGCCGACGACGCGCCAGUUUGCCUCCAGCAACUCCCAGCCAGUAAACGGAACGGGAUCGUGGUCUCAAAACAUCAGCAGAUGGCGGAUUUUCGUUUGAUGGACGCUUGCCGUGCGGUGUUGAAGAGUUUGAAGCGGAGUGGUAUGGGAAAAACGGUCAUUCCUGUCAUGGGUCACGGGAUACAGCUCAAUCUCAAUGGCACUGGCUCUGAUCUACCACAUGGCGGUCACUUGCGCUCGGUCCAGGUUGGUUGACAGUGUCGCACCGGACACAACAGUAUACGGCCCGAUGUUGGAGGGGGUGCUGGAGACAUUGGCCGUCGUCGCACGCCAGUUCCCACGGAUGAAUGACUAUCGCCAAAUUGUCUUGAGUCUAGACGAACACACCCGAGGGGUUGCCACCGGCGAGGGACCCCCGACAGGAUGCUGGAAGGAUAAGGUCCGUCGUACCCUCGAGUCGAUAUCCAGCCACGCCAUCUAUUUCGAGUUGCGCAGGCCGCGGUUGACAUUGGUUGGUGCAACUGCACCAGCGAAAAUUAAGUCAUGGCAUCUUUAGCACUGCGUGAGAUGAUACCAUGCCAGAAAAAUCCCUGCAAUGUCUCUAUUACUACCUGGGUCAUAACUAGACAGUUCAGGAGACCGAGUCCCAGGUGCGGUCUCAGGGCGCAGUCUAAUCCGCGAGGAGGUUAGGGAUAUAGUGUCUACCGACCACAGCGGGAGUAUCACAUCAUUAAAGUACCAG